AUGACUUCAGCCAUGUGCAGCAUUUGUGCACACCUCGAUAUGGUCAAGGGAGAGAAAUGGAAUCCAUGGACUGUUGGAUGGCCAAAAAUCACAAUCGAAAUUCUACAACAAUCAGCUUCGCUGUGUCAAACAGAUGGCUGCAAGAUUCUGCUUCAGGCAGUCUUGAAAUGCUACCCAGACGCAUCGACAACGGCUGGCAUCGUCCCGUAUUACAAGCCUGGCAUAUUCUGGGUGCAAGAAUUAGGCGAGCUUCAGAUUUACUUUAAAAUGGGUGAGGAUUAUUCGUGCUCCACAGUGCUCGAGAUCCAAUCUGGCCAGCUUUCUUGCGCAGCACACAUCACGAGGACCCAACCUCUCAUGAUAGCCUCGAAUUCGUCCGAGAAUGCUUGGUGGAGUGCUUAG